ACUGACUAGUUGCAUCACUGGACCAUCACUUGUGAAUUUCUGCUUUCCAGAGCUCUUAUUCCUGCAGAGAACGAGUUUGAGCCUCAUGGAAGAUAUGCCUUUAAGCCAUUCAGGUCCUCAAGGGACACGCAGAUCAUCCUGGAAGCAAUGGUGCCUCUACUCAGUAAUAGCUCUUUUGCUGUUGCUUUUCUCCUUCAGUACACUAAUUCUCACUUUUCUUCCACUCAAGACUGCCAGUGAACCCUGCAUAGCUAAGUUCGGACCAUCCCCUUUAAAAUGGCAAAUGACAUGUCCUAAGCUUCCUUGUGUGAAUAAGACAGCGAAUGAGAAACUGGAAAUACUUCAGAAUGGCUUGUAUCUCAUUUAUGGCCAAGUGGCUCCCAACACAACCUACAAGGAACCAGCUCCUUUUGCGGUGCGGCUACGUAAAAACGAAGACAUCAUACAAGCUCUAACAAACAACUCUAAAAUUCAAAAUGUAGGAGGGACUUAUGAAUUGCGUGCUGGGGAUAUUCUAGAACUAAUAUACAACUCUGACCAUCAGGUUCUAAAAAACCACACAUACUGGGGGAUCGUGCUGCUGGCAAAUCCGCAGUAUAACCCCUAGAGACGCCUUUUGGCCUCCGCGCCAUCUUUCCCACGUGGAGAGAUGCUGGUGAUUGCGUUGGAGGAGGCAGACUUUCCACACCCGCAGCUUGUCUGAGCAUACAAAUCAACACACAUAGAACCUCUCUGCAUGUGUGUUUUCAUCUCUCAAGCUUAUCCAAAAGAAACUCAGAGGACAGGCCAGAGACAUUUGUUUACCUUCGACCUUGGGUCAGCGAAGAUGCUUUAUCAAUCCACGAGAAAUGACUGUGGGUCGCUCGAGGACAGAAGGUUCUCAAAGAGUCUGUGUCUAAUUCUUAAAUCCUUGGAUGGGAAAAAUGUCUUAUUGCCCUGGGAGCCUUAACUGGUGUGCAAAAAAAAGAUCCAGGGCAGUGGCCUGGCCUUGUUCUCAUAUUCUUGGGCUGUUUCACUUUAUUCUUCCCAUACUCCUGUCUUUCGAGGCCCUCCUAAUAAAAGUAACCAGACUGGGAGGGUGGCCACAGAUAUGCCAACAACACCCCGCUUUAGAAGUGAUGAUGUUAAGAAGACAGAGAAUACUCUAGAGAUUUAUUGGGGCACAGCCACAGAGGGCAUAGAAUGGAGUGCACUUUACUUGGGAAUUUCCCUUGAUUUCAUCACGUUUGGGAUGUAGAAGGCUUUAUAAAACAAGCUGGUCAAAGCCUCCUUCUGAACCUUGACACAGGGCUCAUGAGAAGGUGUUGAUGUGUCUACAUGUCAGUAGUAAAGAAAGAGUAAUCAUUAGUAAUCCUAAAAUUAAACCCUAGAAAUUGGUAUCAUCAGUAAUGUAUUAUGCCAUGUAAUAAUUUCAUAUUUUUAGCUGGCUCGCCACAGUUGGCAAAGUGCUUUCAUGUAUCACGGGGCGACUCUAUGAAGCAAAUGAGGCAGGUGUUUUUGGCACAAUUUUAACAGUGAAAAUAUGAAUGCAUCUAGAACAUAAGUAACUUGCCUCAACCCACAGAAGUAGUGAUUGAUAGGGCCAUGGUCUUCCCCAAUGUGUCAUAAUAUCUCAGCUUUAGGGUUAGUAUUUCAGCUACGAUGUUAAGUCUAAAGAGCUUAGCAGAUUAUCAGCCGCACUCCCUUUCAGCUCAAGGUGGGUAGAAUAAAGCUACAACGGACUUUCCUUUCUUAGCAAACUAUUUUUCGUUUCCCUGUUUGAAGCAGGGCACAUGAGGUUGUUGCUCAGCGCUUACUCCAACCAAAUCCCCGUCCUCACUUCAAAGAGCUGGUCUUGGUCAAACAUGUUAACUUCCAAAAAUAAUGACUAACCUUCAAUUCAAUGAUAGCUUGCUAAAGAUUUUAGACUCUGUUAAAUUAAUUAGCUGUCUGUGGAUUCUUGUUGAAAGCUAUGUAAUAUGAUGACGUGAUAACCCAUUUAAAAUAUUUAUGGAUAUUUGUAAAAAACUAUAUUAUGUUAAUUAAUAGUGUUACAUAUAAAGUUAAUUUAAAAAUAUUUGUAUUGUAUAGUACAGAAAUCGCUGGGGAGCAGAGUAAGCCUAAGGCCAAGAUGUUUUUUAGUCUUUUUAAAUAAAACAUCUGCUGAGUGGUUGUAUUGGGCAAAGACCUAGACACCUUGCUUCUCUUGCAUUUGCAUAUCUUCUCAGAAAAGUAAAGUUAUAUCACAUAUUUAUAAAAACUUGUUAUUGAUUGUUGUUGAUUUAUAAGCAACAGUGUGUUGCAGUGCUAGAGGGAUCAAGCACUAAGCUCGUGACGGCUGAUUGUUAAGUUUUCCAAAAUUUUGCAAUCUGGUUAUUAAUUACAGCCAUUCUUGAAAUUGGCCACAGUGGGACUAUUUAAACCAUGGGAAUUGGUGACACUGCAAAUUAGGGAUUUUCCUUUGGGACAGCCUGUUCACCAGCACACCACUGUUUGUAAAACUCUCCUUCUUAAUGACUCCUCUCUGCUCCUGCCACGUUCCUGGGAAAAUCAAGGCAGGCAAGGGAGAGAGUAAAACUCUCAUACUCCCAGCAAGAGUCCCACCUGGUAGUGAUUUCUCAGGGUAAGAGUGAUCUUGGCACCUGAAGCCAGAGAGAGGGCUACUGACAGGUGACCUUGAAGUUUCCUGGUGGUGUCAUUUCUGUCAUUGUUUUCAUGUAUACCGUUUCCUUUUUUCUUCAAAUACUUGAAAGAAAUAAAUGA